AUGUCGGGAGUUCAGGAAGAAGUGGUGAACAACUUGAAGGUUAUCAUUGCCGAAAAUCUUAAGACUUUGCCCAACUUUAACGAGGAUGUCAAUUAUGUCGCAGAAUACAUUGUGCUUUUGAUGUCUAAUGGAGGAAACGUGGAAUCCGUGGUUCAAGAACUUACUUCGCUUUUCGACACUGUUCCUGCCGAGGCUUUCCAAUCGGUAGCUCAGAAUGCGUAUAAGGCCAUGGAGUAUUUGCAGAGCGGAGACUCCCUAGAGACAACGGUGGCUAAGCUCACGGGCCAACAUCGUCAGCAGGAGCCUUCGCAGCAACAACCACAAGCACAAGCACAACCACAACCACAACCACAGCAACAAGCACAAACACAACCACAGCAGCAACAGCAACAAUCACAACAGCAGCAGCAGCAGCAACAGCAACAGCAAGAACAGCCGCUGGCUCCUCAGCAAUCAGCCUUUGGAAAUGGAUCAGAAAGCUCUAUCUUUGCGUCUAGCUCUGCUGCUUCACAACCAAAAUCGGCAUUCGAAGGGAUCGUCAACAUCGCUGCCGGUCCACCCCACUCGUCCCACUCUGCUGGUGUGUCCAAGGGAGGCCAUUCCCAGCGUGGCGGCGGCGUCAGCAAAUUUGGCGGUCGUGGUGGCCGUCCAGAGCGUUCAGAAAGAGGUGGACUCACAAAACCUGGAAGUACAAGGCGAAACAACGCUAACAAUAAUGCUUUGGCCAUGGCUCUAGGACUGGAAAACCCCAACGUUAACUUCGUGAACAAAAAACAAGGUCGGUGCCCGCUCUUUCCUCGUUGCCCGCUAGGGAAGAACUGUCCUCACGCACACCCCACUCAAGCAUGCAGAGACUACCCAAACUGCCCCAAUCCUCCUGGAACCUGCAACUAUUUGCACCCUAACGAGGAUGUGGAACUAAUGAAGGAGAUCGAGAAGACUCGUGAAGAAUUCCGCGAAAAGAGAGCUGCUUUCGCCGCUGCCAAAACUAAGCCUGAACGUUCCGGUAUUGUUCUGUGCAAGUUUGGACUGUUGUGCACCAACCCACAAUGUCCGUUUGGCCAUCCAACGCCUGCUAAUGAUGAUGCGAAGGUCAUUACGUUUGCAUGGUGUCCAGAAAAUUUGAACUGUCAAAAUCCUGCGUGUGACAAGGCUCACAGCUCUUCUUCAAAAAUCAGAGAGGUAGCACCUGUUGCCUCGCGCAAACCACAACGUCCUCCUGUCGAGAAAUCGUUAGAGCAGUGUAAAUUUGGCCCCAACUGUACCAACAAAAGAUGCCGAUACAGACACGCCCGCUCACAUAUUAUGUGCCGUGACGGUGCCAAUUGCACGAGACUUGAUUGUUUGUUUGGUCACCCAAUAAAUGAGGAUUGCAAGUUUGGUGUAAACUGUCGAAACAUCUACUGUUUGUACAAGCACCCCGAAGGUAGAGAAUUACCCCAGAAACCUUCGCACUCGUCCAGUUCAAACAACACAUGGGUUAAUUCCGAUCUGCUAGGAGGAAAUUCAUCCAUUAAUGAACGUCCUUUUGCUGUGCCCGACAACCAAGUUACCGAAUCUAUGCCAGCUCAAGAAAACGAUGCCAUCAUGGGAUAG